UGUUACGUAAAUGGGUAGAACUCCCCGGGCGUCAUUGGGCCUUGGGAACGAUUGCGACUCGUCACCGACAGACCAGACCAUCUGAGAACCGACGUGCGCCUGAUAAAUUUUGGGGAAAAAAGACCCUUUACUCUCUUCCUGGGAUUUCCGUUUCUUCUUGCCCUCGUAAGCUUCCGGAUAAUCCUGAUUCGUGAUUGAUCCUGGUUUCUUCUUCGUAAGACCUUUCAAUAUCAAGGUUUCAUGUCUGAUCUCGACGCCCAAGUCCCCACUGCUUUCGAUCCAUUCGCAGAGGCAAAUGCAGAGGAUUCAGGAGCUGGAACGAAAGAGUAUGUUCAUGUUCGUGUACAGCAACGGAAUGGAAGGAAAAGCCUGACCACCGUGCAGGGUUUGAAGAAAGAAUACAGCUAUACCAAGAUCUUGAAGGAUCUCAAGAAAGAAUUUUGCUGUAAUGGCACCGUUGUCCAGGACCCUGAUCUGGGUCAGGUUAUUCAGCUACAGGGUGAUCAGAGGAAGAAUGUGUCAACUUUCCUUGUGCAGGCUGGGAUUGUGAAGAAGGAACAGCUCAAAAUUCAUGGUUUCUGAGGAACCUUAGCACUGGAAGAAAAAACAGUUUAGGGAUAUUACUCUGGAAUGUAUUAUAUUUUUCCCUUUUAGUGGGAGUGUUGGUUUUGGUGGGGAGAGUAUUUAUUUCAUGGAUCCUUGAACUGUUUUUGACCCUGCUACCUUAUCUUAAGGCUUAAUAAUCCAUUUCUCAGUCUUCCAUCA